AUGGUUUUGUACACGACCCCCUUUCCCAACAGCUGUCUGUCCGCCCUGCACGCCGUGUCCUGGGCCCUCAUCUUCCCAUGCUACUGGCUGGCGGACCGGCUCCUGGCCUCCUUCAUACCCACCACCUAUGAGAAGCGCCAGCGGGCGGAUGACCCGUGCUACCUCCAGCUGCUCUGCACCGUGCUCUUCACGCCCGUCUACCUGGCCCUCCUGGUCGCCUCGCUGCCCUUUGCGCUCCUUGGGUUCCUCCUCUGGUCCACCCUGCAGUCGGCCCGCCGGCCCUACGUCUACUCCCGGCUGGAGGACAAGGGCCCAGCCGGCGGGGCAGCCCUGCUCAGUGAAUGGAAGGGUACGGGUCCUGGCAAAAGCUUCUGCUUUGCCACUGCCAACCUCUGCCUCCUCCCGGACUCACUGGCUAGGCUCAACAACGUUUUCAACACCCAAGCCCGGGCCAAAGAAAUCGGCCAGAGAAUCCGCAACGGGGCCAGUAGGCCCCAGAUCAAAAUCUACAUCGACUCACCCACCAACACCUCCAUCAGCGCGGCCAGCUUCAGCAGCCUGGUGUCACCGCAGGGCAGUGAUGGUGUGGCCCGGGCCGUCCCUGGGAGCAUUAAGAGGACGGCCUCUGUGGAGUACGGUGGGCGUCACCCUAGCGAAGAGGCCGCCAACGGCCUGGCCUCCGGGGACCCAGCCGACGGCGGCAGCCUUGAGGACGCCUGCAUCGUGCGCAUCGGUGGCGACGAGGGGGGCCGGCCCCCCGAAGCCGUCGACCCCCCCGCUGGUGGCCAGGCCAAGAACGGGGCUGGUGGGGGCCCACGGGGCCAGACACCCAACCAGAGUCAUCGGGAUGGGGACUCGGGGAGCCUGGGCAGCCCCUCGGCCUCCAGGGAGUCCCUGGUGAAGGCACGGGCCGGGGCUGACGGCGGCGGUGGGGAGCCAGGCACCAACAGCAAGCUCCCGUACAAGGCCUCGGUGGCGAAGAAGGCAGCCGUGCGCAGGAGGCGCCACCCGGACGAGGCCUUUGACCACGAGGUCUCAGCCUUCUUUCCUGCCAACCUGGACUUCCUGUGCCUGCAGGAGGUGUUUGACAAGCGGGCGGCCACCAAGUUGAAAGACCAGCUGCACGGCUACUUCGAGUACAUCCUCUAUGACGUCGGGGUCUAUGGCUGCCAUGGCUGCUGCAGCUUCAAGUGUCUCAACAGCGGCCUCUUCUUUGCCAGCCGCUACCCCAUCAUGGACGUGGCCUAUCACUGUUACCCCAACGGGCGGUCCUCCGACAGCCUGGCCUCGAAGGGAGCUCUGUAUCUCAAGGUGCAGGUAGGAAAUACACCUCACGACCAAAGAAUUGUCGGGUACAUCUCCUGCACACACCUGCACGCCCUGCCAGAGGACAGUGACAUCAGGUGUGAGCAGCUGAACAUGCUUCAGGACUGGCUGGCUGAUUUCCGAAAAUCUACCUCCUCGUCCAGCGCAGCCAACCCCGAGGAGCUGGUGGCGUUUGACGUCAUCUGCGGAGAUUUUAACUUCGACAACUGCUCCUCUGAUGACAAGCUGGAGCAGCAGCACUCCCUGUUUACACGUUACAAGGACCCCUGCCGCCUGGGGCCUGGGGAGGAGAAGCCGUGGGCAAUCGGUACCCUACUGGACAAGGACGGUCUCUACGACGAGGAAGUGUGCACCCCUGACAAUCUGCAAAAGGUCCUGGAGAGCGAGGAAGGUCGUCGCGAGUACCUCGCCUUCCCCACCAGCAAGAGCCCCGGGGGAGGCCAGAAGGGACGCAAAGAGCUGCUGAAGGGCAACGGCAGGCGCAUUGACUACAUGCUGCACGGGGAGGAGGGGCUGUGCCCAGACUGGAAGGCCGAGGUAGAAGAAUUCAGUUUCAUCACCCAGCUGUCGGGCCUGACAGACCAUCUUCCGGUGGCCAUGCGACUGAUGGUGUCUGCGGGGGAGGAGGAGGCAUAA